CUGGUUCUGGCGCGCGCCCGGGGCGGCGGCGCGCGGCGGGGGUCUGUAGGGCUUCGCGCCGGCCGGAGUGGACGCCGCCGCGGCCGCCAUGCAUCUAACAGUGAAGGCGCUCCAGGGCCGCGAGUGCAACCUGCAGGUGUCGGAGGACGAGCUGGUGUCCACGCUGAAACAUCUGGUCUCCGAGAGGCUGAACGUCCCCGUCCGCCAGCAGCGGCUGCUGUUCAAGGGCAAGGCCCUGGCAGAUGGGAAAAGACUCUCCGAUUACAGCAUUGGGCCCAAUUCCAAGCUCAACCUAGUGGUCAAACCUCUGGAGAAGGUGUUACUGGAAGAAAGCAGCGCGCGGACAGUGGCCGAGGCCCCGCCCCCACCCCCGGCCACCUGGCCUCUAAUCUCCAAAGUCCUGGCCCGUCACUUCAGCGCCGCAGAUGCCAGCAGAGUCCUGGACCAACUCCAGAGGGAUUAUGAGAGGUCCCUGAGCCGCCUGACGCUGGAUGACAUCGAACGCUUGGCUGGCCGCUUCCUGCACCCUGAAGUGACUGAAGCUAUGGAGAAGGGGUUCUCCAAGUAGGAUUCUCGGAGUGUGGGGAGGAGCCGGGCCAGGCCACAAGCUGCAUGUAGCAUUAAAUGUGUUCUCAUGUUGCAAUUCGGCUCAUAAUACUAGCUGGCGGGUACGCGGGUACCUGUAUCCGGCUCUUGACCUGGGUUUGCUCCCACGUUUGGCGCUAGUGCUGAAGUGGGAGAGCCACAAUCUGAGUCCAGCCAGCUUCUAGAAGUGCCUCAGGGUGAGAGGGUUGUUUAGGAGGGUUCUGAGGGGUGGGCUUUGGCAUUCCGUGUUCAGCCCACUGAGGAUGAACCCUCGAGCAAUACCUUUCCAGGCCUGAAAGGGGAAGCAGCUGGCCCCUGCUGCCCAGUCCUGUCACCUCGCCUCUGGCAGGUCUGACAUUGGCAGGUCAAGUGACAGCCAGCCUUGGGCCCCCUCAAGCUGCUGCCACCAGUGUGCACUCGAUGAAGGGAAAGCGUGUUGGGGGGUCUGGGACGUCACCCAGCUCUGGAGUGUUACCUU